AUGCUCGUCACAGUCGUACGGCAUGGGGAGAGUACUGACAACCUCCGUGCCGUCUGGGCUGGACAUUUGGAUGCGCCUCUCAGUCAGUAUGGCAUGGAGCAAGCCAAGCGCGUAGGGGCGAGCUUCAAGCAUCUGCCCAUCACUGCCAUCUACGCCUCCGAUCUCAAGCGAGCUCAUUGGACCGCGCAACAGAUUCACUCGCAGAACGCCGGUCCCUCUCCUUCCGAUCGACAGACAGCCUCGUCGCCUUCGAGGAAACGAACGCGAUCGACAGAGAUCGAUCAUCCUCACAAUGAUGCCGAGACGGCUGGACCCGAUUCGUCUGCACGUCUAGAGCGAGCGUCGCAGUCCAGGCAAGACAGUACGUCUGCCAAUGCGCCGUGCGAUUCAGAUCUAGGCAGAAGAGCUAUCGCGACCACGCCGCUCCUGCGCGAACAAUUCUUUGGUGAUGCAGAGGGCAAAGGCUGGCAAGCCGGCAGCUACUCCAAUGCGCCAUACGAGAGCAAGCGGGAAUUCAAGUUCCCCAACGGCGAAACGCUGCAUGACGUCGGCAAGCGCGCAGACAAGGUGGUCAGACAGAUCAUCCUGCCCUGGCUGCUCCGUGAAGCCAACGAGCGUGGCUCUACACGGCGGAAUCUGACGGCGCCAAGUUCUCUCGAAAUACCAGAUGAUACUGUGCAUCUUGUCCUGGUCGCUCAUGGCAUCAUGAUCUCCGAGCUUUUGCACGCCUUUCAUCGGGCAGCAGAUCCACGUGCUCCUUGGGUCAAGCGCGGAGGGCUGCAGAACACAGGCUGGGGUCGGAUGCACAUGGUACUCGAUCCUGUCGUGCUCGAUGAUCUGCCUCCCGGCGUCAUCGCCGAAGCCUACGCAGCCACGGAAGCGACAGAGUUUCCAGAGCUCAUACCCGCCCUGAGCCCCUCGUCCGGCUUACUAGAUCUGUUACGACCGCAGGUCAAAUUGCUUGCAAUGAACCAGACAGAUCAUCUGAACGGUCACAGACGACAGCCGGGCGGGCUAAGCAGGCAAGCAUUCGAUGCAAAGCAACAGACGCUCAUGUCCUUCAUGAGUGGCGGCGGUGGUGGUACCGCGUCGCCGUCGCCCAAAAAGAAGAGCGCUUCUUGA